UGGUUGGAUUGAUUGUCUUUUAAUUGCAAAAGAAAUGGUUUCAAAAAAAUCUUCAUCGAAUUCAAAAAGUACUCCAGUUAAAAAGUCUUCGUCUUCUUCAUCGUCUUCGAAAACAAGCCUUAAUAAGAAAAAAUCUGCUUCAAAUACAAAAUCGUCUACUUCCUCAAAAUCAACUUCUUCAAAAUCUUAUAAUCAACAACCAGGUCAAGCUCAAUCUCAAUCUCAAUCUCAAUCUCAUAAUAACUUUGCAUAUGCAGCUGCUGCUGCUGCCCAUCGUUAAAGCUCUUUUUAUUUUAACGAUAUUCUUUUUAUUCACUCUAUAUUUUAAUGUCACUCUUAUAUAGACCUUCAUUAUGUAUUAUACACUUUGUGUUAAUGAUCUCCACAAUUGACAAUUACAAUAUAUAUUUCGUCUAUGU